CGAAACAAAAUAAUAUCUAUAAAUAGAUUUUGACGAGAACAUGGCAAUGGGAAUGUUUCGAAUUUUAAUAUAAUAUGACACCAAACACAUAUACAUGCAUAAUUCAUUUAACAAAAGUGCUAAUUAUUACGUUAUUCUAGCAAAUUUCAAAAUGGAAACUACUGCUCUGUUACGUGAUCCGGUGGUUUAUUAUGGGGCGCCAGGACCAGUGAUGCUUAAUGCUACUAUGAAUGUCCAGGUCCCUAGGUUGAAUAUCGUCAAUUUAUCCUAUACAGUAAAGAAGAAAUCGGGAGCAUGGUACACAGGGGCCUGUUUUAAAUCAGCCCCAGAGAGAAAAGUAUUAAAGAAUAUAGACAUGAGUUUAAACAGUGGAGAAGUAACAGCUAUCAUUGGUAACUCAGGAUGUGGAAAGACAACUCUUUUAGAUGUUAUCGCAUGCCGUGUGGAUGGUGGAGUUACGGGUAACAUCUACUUUAAAAAUUAUGUCUGCAGCAAGAUGCUGAUGCAAUCGUGUACCAGUUAUGUUAUACAAGCUGAUCACCUGUUACCAAAUCUGACAAUACGCGAAACUUUGCGAUAUACAGCUUAUUUAAAUCUCCCUGGUUAUGCAACUGAUAAUACUAUCAAUUCGAAGGUAGAUGCAGUUAUACACCAAAUGGGAUUGACGAGGGUAGCUGAUUCUCUGGUAGGUGGUGCUGUUAAACGUGGAAUAUCAGGUGGCGAAAAGAGACGAGUUUCCAUAGCGAUACAACUUUUAAAAGACCCAGAUAUACUACUCUUGGAUGAACCGACAACAGGACUGGACAGCUUCACUGCCAAAUAUUUGGUCAAAAGCCUCAAAGAUUUAGCUCGCUCUGGGAAAAUAGUUCUCAUGACCAUCCAUCAACCUCGUUCUGAUAUCUUCAAACUCAUUGAUCAAACUGCCAUCUUGUCGCAAGGCGAAAUGACAUAUUUCGGACGGUCUGAUGAAAUAGUUUCUCAUUUCACAAGGUUGAACUUCCCGUGCCCCUUGUACGCAAACCCACUAGAUGUCUACAUCGAUGUAUGUAGUGUUGACAGAAAGACUAGCGAACAAGAACAAAGCACCAUGUUAAGAAUAAAUGAUCUAGUCCAAGGAUAUAGAGAAUCGCCUCAACAUGAAGCCAUGGUAGCAUCCAUGACAGACAGUCAAAAAUUACCAAAAUAUAUCAACUUUCAAAAUAAGGCAUCAAGAAGAAACGGUCCGGGUGUCUGUAGAACUUUCUGUACAAUAUUAAGCCGAAUGAACAAGAAUUUAUUUCGUGACCCUGGUAACGCAUUAACACGAGCCAUCUCUGCGCCCAUCAACAUGCUAUUUGUGAUAAUGUAUCUUGGAAGAUUGGAUCUGGAUCAAAGGAGUAUACAGAACCGCGGCGGAUUGUUUUUCCAAACCAUGCUAUUUAGCCAAAUGUUGCCUCUUAUCUUAACUGUUUUCUUGUAUUCCCCAUUGCGAGAUUUAUACUAUAGAGAAAGAAGGGACGGUCUUUAUUCCUCCUGGUAUUUUGCAAUUGUCUACCAUGUCCACGCUCUCCCAUUUCAUAUUAUAAGUGGAUUGCUGGUAUGUGCCGUUGGAUACUGGGGUGUUGGAUUAUAUUCAGAUUUUGGUUAUUCCUGUCAGUAUUUUGUUGUUCACAUUAUGAUGAUUCUUAUCGCUGAGAAUAUAACGCAGUUAUCUAUGGCUUUAGUCUAUGACUACCAAUUAGUUAACACUUUUACAUCCUUGCUUUUCACGUUGUCCUUAUCCAUUUCAACAGGAUUCUUUCGAACUAUUAAAGACCUGCCUGUCGUUCUCAGAUGGUUUAGUUAUACUUCAGCUGUAAAAUAUGGUACGGAAAUUAUAACAGUUAACGAGUAUACCAACAUUAACAUCACCUGUGACGGAUUAAAACCAGGUGUUCCGUGCCGUUUCCCGUCAAGUCAGGCCUUUCUAGAUCAAAACUACCCGGAUGCUGUCGAUGAAUUACAACAGAAUUAUGGGUGUAUUAUGGGUAUUUAUGCUGCAACAUUGAUUCUUUGUCUUUCGGCAUAUAAAUUGAAAAAAGUGCCCAAUUUGAAUUAA